GAGAGAGAGAGAGGAGCAGGAGCUGUCACAGUCUGCAACUUGUUCACACGCAACCUCCGCUGGAUGAACACAAAUAAUCUGAAUAAUAAUAUUAGGAUUUACAGUCAUUACACGGACUUACAAAUGCCAGUCAUCCCGUGACCGGUGACCGGGAUGGAGACGCAUGCGAGGCGGCGAUGAGAAGUAGUUUGAUCGGGGUGGUGGUGUGAGCGCUGCCGGCACCGAGAGGAAACUAAUGGGAGGUGUGAGUGGAUGAGGUGGGAUGUUCGCCACAACCCAUCAUGGACUUAAACUGUUGGCCCCAUCUGAAACCCUCACGUCUGGCUGGCUCCUGCUUUUACAACGCCCCCCCACCCCACCCCUGAGAGUCUGAGCGAGUGACACCUGGGAUUCGCCGCUACGAUGACGCACGUGGACUACAAGUACAGCCUGCUGGGCUCGGCGGUGGACGACUACCGCAAGAGGCCGUUGCUCCUGCAGGUGGACGACACGCCCGUGAACCUGUUCGCGAUCAUGGAGGUCAAACGGGAACUGCCCAGGCGGUGGAGCACGCUGGGCUGCUUCAGCAGGAUCCGCCUGUACAGCUUCGUGUUCGGCCUGGCCGCCACGUUCCUCAUCAUGGCCUCGUACAUCCUGACGGGGGACAAGAAGGGCCUCCUCCUCACCCCGUCCCCCUUCCACUUCAGCAGCCUGGUCAGCCCGGGACCCUUUGCGUUCAAUGUCUCCUCGGUCAAGGACGAUGCACACAUCAAACUAGUGGUCAAGUCCAUCACAUCCAAGGUGACGUUUCACAGCAGUCGAAAGGUUCCGGACUUUAAAGUGCUGGUUAACAGUGAGCCACAUAUGUUUUCUGUUAUCCCCCGCCAAUUCCAGCCUGGUGUCAAGAACCCCUGCUGGUAUGAGGAAUACACUGGGAAUAUUACUUCAGACCCAUACAAGAAAAAUAUGUACGGGCGCUACUCAAGGCGCUUCCGGACUGAAUUUCAGUUCUUGAGGAACACUUUCCGAGAGCACUUGAUUCACCAUGACGGGAAACUCUACCGCAUGCGGUGCCUUCCUUAUUUCUAUAUCAUAGGCCAACCAAAAUGUGGCACGACAGACCUGUACGACAGACUGAAGCUGCGGCCGGACGUCAGGUUCACCACUUUCAAAGAGCCGCACUGGUGGACCCGCAAGAGGUUUGGUAUCAGUCGUCUCAGCAAGGGCUUCCAGGAUGGAUACCCGGUGGAAGACUACCUGGACUUGUUCGAUCAGUCUGCUUAUCAAAUCCAGGGCAACCUCACAGCAAAAGGCAGUGGAAGCCCCAGCCACCCUAACAUUAUCAUAGGAGAAGCCAGCGCAUCCACCAUGUGGGACAACAACGCCUGGGUGUAUUUCUAUGACAACACCACAGAGGGAGAGCCUCCUUUCCUCGUCCAGGACUUUAUUCACGCCCUGCAGCCUGAUGGCCGCUUCAUCGUUAUGCUCAGGGACCCGGUGGAAAGGUUAUACUCUGACUACCUUUACUUUGGUAUUACCAAUAAGUCUGCAGAGGAUUUCCACGAGAAGGUGUCAGAAUCACUGCAGUUGUUCGAGGGGUGCCUUACAGAGUACACAAUGCGCUCCUGUGUGUACAACAUUACUCUCAACAAUGCCAUGCCAGUCAGAUUGCGAAUUGGCCUGUACAUUUUGUAUCUACUGGACUGGCUGACCGUCUUCAGCAGGGAACAGAUUCUGGUCCUGAGGCUGGAAGACCACGCCUCCAAUCGCAAAUACACAAUGCACAAAGUCUUUGACUUCCUGAACCUGGGGCCACUGACAAAAGAAAUAGAGUCGGAGAUCACGCGAAGUCCAGCGUCAAACACCAGGAAGCCGGCCGACAAAAACCUGGGACCCAUGCUGCCCAUCACGAAAGAGAUCCUGCGGGACUUUUACACGCCGUUCAACGAGGAACUGGCUAAAGUGCUGCGCAAUGACUCUUUCCUCUGGGACAAUUACUCAACACUCUGAACAACUGACCUCCAUUCUACUUCUGUAAAAAAACACACACACACACACAGAAAAACACAAACCGAUGUGUCUGCCAGCCCCUUCGUUGGAGUUUCAAGUGCCCAUGAAAGGAAAUAAAAAAAAUCAUCAAUGUU